AUGACUGAUUUUGAUCUGAUGAAUUUUCCCUUUCAUGAACGCUUAGAUUCUCCUGUAUCCGAUGAUGCAGAAAUGAAAGACGAAAAACCGAUUCCACAAAACUGGCUUAAUGAAAACCAUGUUGGAAAAUCGAUCCUGCCUUUAUUUGUCAACCCUGAAGAUGUUAUCAAUUGCAACUUUUCUAAUGCCAGAGACUCGUAUGAAGAGAACAAACCGCCAUCUAUGGAUCGUAUGAAUUAUGAUAGAAAUACUAGUUAUCAAGAGUCUCCGAGAUUACAAGAACGACCAAAAAACGAACAAAAUAAAUCUCCCAUAGUUACUGAUACUCAUAAAAAAGAUGUACCUAACUUCAUACACUCUACUCCUAGAGAAAACUCUUCGACGAAGCAUUUUACCAAAGCGAGCGAGCAGGUUCCUUCUCAAGGGAGCGAUGAAAAUGCAUCGUCAGUUAUCUCUAUAGAAGACUGCAAUGGUGCCAAACUUUCUCUACAAAGCUCUUUAUCUAAAGAGGAUUUUAGAGUUUUAGAAAAUGUGAUACUUGGGUAUCAAAAAAAGGUCAUCGAAUUAGAUAGAGAUAAUCUAAGGCAAGAGGAAAGGUCAAACUCUUUACAAAAGGAGCUCGAAGCUGCCAUGAGGUCAAACGACAAAAAAUUAGAUGACGAAAAAAAAAUUGAAGAACAGACAGUAUUAAUUGAAAACCUAACAAGGGACCUCUCACGGAAUAGGGAAAUGUUAGGAAAAGCCAAUGAUACUAUUCAGACAAAACACACUGCAUUAUUAAGUCUCACUGACUCCUUACGAAAAGUCGAGCUGUUUGAAAUACCGAUUGGUAUACUAUUUUUUGACCUGUAUGACUCGGAGGAAAAUUCUUCAAAAUUAGAUCACAUAUUACAAGAAAAAUAUCCUAAAAUCAAAGGGUUUUUAUGUGUAUCACACCAAGAGGAACAAAACCGCCUUUCUCAGCGAUUUAAGAAUGCAAAAUCAGAAAUUGAGGAUCUCCAAAAUGAGAUAGAAACUAAAAAAAGUGAAAUUCAGACUAUGAGAGAAAAAAAUAAUAAUUUAAUUGGUACGAAUAAGACCCUCUCCAAGCAGAAUAAAAUACUAUGUGAUAAAUUCGACAAAUUAACCAUUGACGAGAAGGAAAUCCUAAAAGGAUGUAAUGAGGAAAUAAAAACUAAGUUAGAAAGAUUAAAUGAAAGACUAGGAUCAUGGGAGAAAAGCAAAGAAAAUUAUGAAGCAUCGUUGAAAGAUAAAGACAAAUUGCUGGGAGAUGCUGAAAAGAAAACAAGCACUAUGUCAAAGGAACUAGAUAAUUUGAGAUCCCGGUUAGGAAAUUUAGAGGGAAAUACUUCAGAAAAAAUUACAGUAAGAAAUAUUUUACAAUCAAGACCCGAUAUUUCAGCAGAAGAAUGUAAUUUUCUUUUGGUUGAACAAAUUGAUUCAGCAAAUUUGACUACCUUACAAAAUACUGUAAAAGAAAUUGUUUUGGCUGUUGGUAUUCCUUACCCAAAGCUGAGGCGAAAAAUUCCUUUAUUGGCUAUUAAAUUGAAAUAUGAAAAUAUUAUGCUUUCCAAUUUCGCUCAACGUCUGCAUAGACAAGUAUAUAAUCAAGAAAUGAAUCUAAAAAAAUUUACGGACCAAGCAUACUAUGAGUUUAUGUCAACGCGUAGGAUGGAUUCCAUAGAUCACCAUUUGGAGAGGUGUCUGGACCAUCUGUAUGAUCAUAUCUUGGAGAAGAUGGUCAAAUAA